AUGUCUCUUGAUGAUGGAAAAAGUGAGGCUUCUCAAAUUUAUCCCGCUGAGCAAUCUAUAAUUCAAGCCUGGGAACGUCAACAGGAUGUUCACUUAACUAAUCCUCAUUUGGAUAUGUUAGAUGCUUGGUCUUCAGAUGGUGGUAGCAUUUCUUCAUCUUCCUCUUGCCUUUCUGAUGAUCAUUGUAUAGAUCUCGAGAAUCCUACUUUAUCCUCUACACCUUUAUGUGAACCAACAGAAGAAAAACACCUUAAUUCUAUUAAGGAUACACACAGGUUUUCACAUCCUCAAAAGUAUCCGCUUCAUUAUCUGAAAUCUGCUGGUGUUUACACUGGUAAGGAAGUUAUUGACCUGGCUAUCGAUCGUUGGGAGUCGUAUAAGAACCUAUGUCAUCAAGCUCUAUACGUUUUAAGGCAACAACUUGUUGAUGCCUAUAUUCCUUAUGCCAUAGAGGAGAGUAAAGCUAGUCCAACCAAACCAGUAUUAAAUAAAGCAAAUACAAUAUCUACUUUACCAGGUCGUAGUCAACUUAGACAACGUGCUGCUCAGAAAAUGUUGCGUCACUCUGUUAAGACUGCGAAUCAGAGACAUUUAGCCUGUGUAUCUAAAUUUGCUAUAGUUAGUAAUCGUAUAGCAAAAUGGUGUAGGCCACCUAAUGCAAGUCAGCAAUGUCGUUUUCGUGAUCCUACAACAACAACUUGGGAAAAACGGUGUACAAAUGCAUGUGUCCCUUUAUUACCUGUAUGCUCUCAUCAUUUAGUGCAAAUGAGACCUGCACCAGACUACGAUCAAAAUUCAUCAAAUGAACAAAAACUAUCAAUUGAUGAGUCGAAUUCAAAUGGCUACAGCGAACAUGUUAAUGUUAAAUCUGAAAACCCAAUAAUCGAAUGUCAUGUAAAUAGUGAUAAUACUACAAUUGAUGUCGAAUCAUCAAAUAUUUCACCUAAUACAACCAUUUCAAAUAAUCAUAUUUGUAAUCCUUCAUUAUGCGGUGAAUUUUCCACACCAAAUUUUAAUAAAUCAAUGAAAUUUGAUGAUCAUAUCACUAAAUCCCAAUCUCCACGUUUAAAUCGUAGUAGCAAAGGACAUUCUGAUCAGCCCUGUGUAAGUAAUCCUAUUUCUCCAACUUUGCAAAUUCCACCACAAUAUUUAUUUCGUCGUUGUGGUGGUGGGUCAUCUCAGAAUUGUUCAGAACCGGUCAUUGCAUGGAAUCCUUUCAUUCGUUGUAUGUACCAUUCUACCAUUACAUCAGUUUGUACCAGUACAACUUCUCUUACGGAUGUAAAAGCUACCUCAAAAGAUGUAUCAUCAUAA